AUGACAAAAGAAAUUGAGGCGUGGAAAAAGGAGGGAGUUUCGAAAGACAGCGCUGCUGAGAUGAAAGCGGAGAUUGAAAAGCUAAAGAAGGAAUUGGCAGAGAGCAAAGGAGGAGGGAAGGGCGUGGGGGUAGUGGGAGAGAGAGAUAAGGAAAUGAAGGAGAUGGAGGAGAAAAUGAUGAUUAUGGAGGUAGAGGUGGGAAAGUAUAAAUUCGUGCAUGACAGUUUAAAAGAGAGGGUAGAAAGGCUGACCAAGGAUAACAAGAAACGAAUUGCGUCGGAGAAAGAGGCGCUAGAUGCUAUUGGGAAGGUGAGAGAGGAGAAGGAGGAGGUGGAGAGGAGACUGAGUGAGGUGGAGGCGGAAAGGGACGAGGCGAGGAGGAAGUGUGAGGAGGCGCAGCAGCGGAUGGCAGAGGCUGUGAGAGAGAGAGGAGAGGUGGAGGCGAGGAGGGAUGAGGAUGUAGCUGCUGUGCGGAAGGCUAUGGAGGAGGAGAGGCGGAAGGUUGAGGAGGGGAGGAGGAAGGCGGAGGAGGAGAGGGAUGGAGUGUUGAAGGAGAAGAGUGAGGUGGAAGGGGAGAAGGAGGUGUUGAUGGGGAGGUUGGCGGAGGAAGAGAGGAGGCGAGAGGAGGCGGAGAGGAGGCGAGAGGAGGCGGAGAAAGGGAGGCGAGAGUCGGAGGAGGAAAAGGCACGAGCUGAAGGGGAGAAGGAACAGGCGUGGAAGGAGAGGGAGGAGGCGGAUGCAGCUCGGACGGCGGCGGAGGAGGAGAGGGAUGAGGCAGUGAGGGCGAAGGAAGAGGCGGAGAGGGAACGAGACGAGGCGACGAGGGCUCGUGAGGCGGCGGAAACUAAGCAAGAAGAGGCGGAGAAGAGGAGUGGCGAGGCAGAGCGAUUAAGGGAGGAAGCGGAGGCACAGAGAGGAGAGGCUGAGAAAGAGAGAGGGAAGGCGGAAGAGGAGAAGGAGCAAGCGAAGAAGGAGAGGGAAGAGGCGGAGGCAGCACGGGGAGUGGCGGAGAAAGAGAGGGAAGAGGCAGUAACGGGUAAGGAGGAGGCGGAAAGGGAACGAGAAGAGGCGACGAAGGCACGUGAGGCUGCGGAAACGAAGCAAGAGGAGGCGGAGAAGAGAAGAGACGAGGCAGAGAGAUUGUGGGAGGAAGCAGAGGCACGGAGGGAGGAGGCGGAGAGAGAGAGAGGGAAGGCGGAAGAGGAGAAAGAGAAAGCGAAGAAGGAGAGGGAAGAGGCGGAGGCAGCUCGGAAGAAGGCGGAGGAGGAGAGGGAUGAGGCUAUGAAGGCUAAGGAGGAGGCGGAGAGGGAACGAGACGAGGCGAAGGGGGAACGGGAAGAGGCGAAGAGGGCGCGUGAGGCGGCGGAAAGUAAGCAAGGGGAGGCGGAGAAGAGAAGAGACGAGGCUGAGAGAUUAAGGGAGGAAGCAGAGGCACGGAGGGAGGAGGCUGAAAUCGAGAGAGGGAAGGCGGAAGAGGAGAAAAAUAAAGCGAAGAAGGAGAGGGAAGAGGCGGAUGAAGCACGGGGAGUGGCGGAGAGGGAGAGGGAUGGGGCAGUAAAGGAUAAGGAGGAGGCGGAGAGGGAAAGGGAUGAAGCAGUAAAGGUUAAGGAGGAGGCGGAGAGGGAGAGGAAUGAGGCAGUUAAGGGUAAGGAGGAGGCAGAGAGGGAGAGGGAGGAGGCAGUUAAGGGAAAGGAGGAGGCAGAGAGGGAGAGGGAGGAGGCAGUUAGGGUAAAGAAAGAGGCGGAAACUGAGAGGGAUGAGUCAGUAAAGGGUAAGGAGGAGGCGGAGAGGGAGAGGGAUGAGGCUGUAAAGGGUAAAGAGGAGGCGGAUUCAAGACGAGCAGAGGCUGAAAGCGCUCGUGAAGCGGCUGAGAAGAGGAGGGAGGAGGCAGAGGGUAGAAGAGAAGCUGCGGAGAGGGAGAAGGAGGAAGCGGAGCAGGCACGUGCAGAAGCAGAGGCACGGAGAGUCGAGGCUGAGAGGUCUCGUGCAGAGGCUGAGGGGAUGAGAGAGGGGGCUGAGAGGGCGAAAGAGAAGGCUGAGAAGGAGAAAGUGGAAGCGGGUAAAGCGAGAGAAGAGGCGGAAAGGGAGAAGGAGCAGGCAGAGAAGAGAAGAGAGGAAGCUGAGAAGGCAAGGGAGGAAGAAGAGAAGCUGAGGGAGGGAGCAGAAAGGGCACGAGAUGAGGCGGAGAAAGCCAAGGAGGAGGCGGAGAAAGCUAGAGAAGAGGCAGAGAAGGCCAAGAGCGAGGUAGAAUCGAAGCUGGCAGUGGCAGAGACGAGCAGAGUGGCAUCCGAGCAGGCGUGUGCUCACGCUGAUGAGAGAUCAGCUGAGGCUGAGAAGCAGCGAGUAGCAGCUGUGCAGGCUUGCUCCGAUGCGAGGGUGCUAGCCGAGGAGGCAGAGAGAAGACGGGAAGGUGCUGAGAUGAAGCAGACGGAAGAGGAAAAGAGGAGGAAGGAGGCAGAGGAGAGGAGGAGAGAAGCGGAAGGGAGAAGGGAUGAGGCGGAGAGAGAGCGGGAGGAGGCUGUGAAAGUGAGAGAGGAGGCAGAGGCGAGGAGGGAAGCUGCUGACAAAGCCAAGGAGGAGGCUGAGGAGAGGCUACGUGAGGCAGAGAAAGCAAGGGCUGCUGCUGAGGAGGCGCGGGAGGAGAGCGAGAAGGCAAGGGAGGAGGCUGAGUCAAGGAAGAAAGAGGCCGAAAAGGCAAGGGAGGGGGCGGAGAAGGGAAGGGAGGAGGCACUACAGAGGGCGGCAGCGGCGGAGGAGAAGAGCGAGAAGGAGAGGAAGGCGAGGGAAGAAGCUGAGAGGGCGAGAGGGGAUGCUGGGAGGGCGAGAGAGGAAGCUCACAGGGCGAGGGAAGAGGCGGAAAAGAGUACAGAGGAAGCAAUCCAGGCGAGAGAGGAUGCAGAGGCGCGACGUGAGGAUGCAGAGAAUGGUCGGAUGGAAGCAGAGAGGAGGCAAGCAGAGGCGGAGAGGAAGCAAGCAGAGGCUGAGGCGGCGAGGGAAGAAGCAGUGGAAGCGAGGCAGCAGGCAGAGGUGGCGAGGGAGGGGGCUGAGAGGAAGCAAGCAGAUGCAGAAACGAGACAAGCAGAGGCAGGGGUGGCGAAGGAGUCAGCAGAAGCAGCACGUGCAGAAGCGGAGGUGAGGAGGACUGAAGCUGAGAGCGAUAGGGACGAGGCGUUAGCAGCUAGGGAUAAUGCAUUGGCUGCCAGUGGUGAGGCAUUGGCAGCAGAGGCUGCAGCAGCGGCGGCGAAGGAAGAGGGUGAUAAAGCAAGGGAGGAAGCUGAGAGGGCCAGAGAGGAAGCUAAGAAUGCGAAAGAAGAAGCUGACAAGGCAAGGGAGGAGGCUGAGGCGAGGCAAGGCGAGGCAGAGAAAAGAGCAGAGGAGGCAGAAGAACGGGCAAGGGAAGCAGAGGAAAGGGUCAAGCAGUCAGAGGAGAAGGCAAGGGAAGCAGAGAUGGCGGAGAGAGAAUCGAGGGAAGAGAGUGAGGUGGCGAAGAGGGCACAGGAGGAAGCAGAGAGCACACGCGAGGCAGCGGAGCGAGGUAGAGAGGCAGCUGAGAGGGCGAAAGAGGAGGCUGAGAAGGCAAGGAGGGAGGCUGAGAAGGGGAAGGAGGAAUCGGAGCAAGCACGCGCAGCAGCUGAAAUGUUGACAAAUGAGGCACUUAGAGCAAAGGAGGAGGCUGAGAGAGACAGAGACGAGGGUGAGAAGGCGAGGAAGGAGGCGGAGAGGGGCAGGCGAGAAGCAGAGAGAGCACAGGCGGAGGCGGAGAGGCAGAGAGACGAGGCGGAGAGGCGAAUGGCUGGUGCUGGGAUGAGCAAGGAUGAGGCGGAGAGGGAGCGGGAGGAGGCGCAUUGGGGCAGGGCGGAGGCGGAAAGGAGGAUGGAGGAGGCGGAAAGCAGGAGGGAGGAGGCGGAGAGGAGGAGAGAUGAGGCGGAGAGAGCAUGGGAAGUUUCUGAGAAGGUGAGAGAAGAGGCUGUGAGAGAGAAGGAAGAGGUUGUUCAGGGGAUGGUCGAAGCGGAGGAGAGGCGAGUGGAGGCAGGGAGGAGGCGAAGCGAGGCGGAAGAGAGGGAGAGGGAGGCGGAGAAGGCUUGGGAGGAGGCGGAGGUGGCUCGGGAAGAGGCUGAGAAGGCUCGGGAGGUUGCAGCUAAAGCUGCGGAAGAGGCUGAGCAGGCAAAGAGAGAGGCGCUUGAAGCUAAGGUAGGUGCGGAGGAGAGGAGGGCGGAGGCAGAGAGGUCUCAAGAUGCUGCAGAGGCGAAGGCAGCUGAAAUAGAGAAGGCGAUGGAAGAGGCUGUGUGUGCGAAGGCAGAUGAGGAGGAGAGGAGGGAGGAGGCAGAAAGAGCACGAGUUGCUGCAGAGGCGAAGGCAGGUGAACUAGAGAGGGCUUUGGAAGAGGCUGUGUGGGCAAAGGCAGAGGCGGAGGAGAAGAGGGUGGAGGCUGAAAGAGCACGAGAUGCUGCAGAGGCGAAGGUGGAGGGACUAGAGAGGGCUGUGGCAGAGGCAGAGGCGGCGAGGAAGGUAGCAGAGGAGGAGAGGGAUGAGGCGCUGAGGGGCGAGGACUGUGCAGUGGAGGAGCGGUAUGAGCUGGUGCAGGCUCUUGAAAGGGCGGGUGAGGAGAGAGAUGAGUUGACAAGGGCUGCUGAAGCAAUGAAAGGGGAGAGGGAUGAGGUGGUGCAGGCUCUGCAGAGGGUGACUGAGGAGAAGGGUGAGCUGGAGAGGGCUGUUGCAGCAGCGAUAUGGGAGAGGGAUGAAGCGGUGAGGGCUGUUGAAGCAGCGAUAGGGGAGAGGGAUGAAGCGGUGAGGGCUGUUGAAGCAGCGAUAGGGGAGAGGGAUGAAGCGGUGAGGGCUGUUGAAGCAGCGAGAGGGGAGAGAGAUGAAGCGGUGAGGGCUGUUGAAGCCGCGAGAGGGGAGAGAGAUGAAGCGGUGAGGGCUGUUGAAGCAGUGAGAGGGGAGAGAGAUGAAGCGGUGAGGGCUGUUGAAGCAGUGAGAGGGGAGAGGGAUGAGCUGGUGCAGGCUCUUGAGAGGAUGGGUGAGGAGAGGGAUGAUCUGAUGAGGGCUGCUGCAGCAGUGAGAGGGGAGAAGGAUGGGGUGGUGCAGGCGGUUGAGAUGACGGGUGAGGAGAGGGAUGAGAUGACGAGGGCUGUUGCAGAGGCUGUUAGGGAGAGGGAUGAAGCGGUGAAGGCUGUUGAAGAGGCUGUUACAGAGAGGGAUGAAGCGAUGAGGGCUGUUGAAGCAGCAAGAGAGGAGAGGGACAGGGCAGUCGAGGCUGUUGCGUUGGCAGUAGAAGAGAGGAACGAAGCAGUGAGGACUCUUGACAGGGUGACAGCGGAGAGGGACGAGGCGAUGCUGGUGAUUGAUGAGGCUGUUGGGGCGCUUGGAGGGGCCGUUGGGGCGCGGGAGGCGCGAGGGCUGGUUGGAGAGAGAGUGGUGAUUAGGGAGGGGGAGGCGAUCAGGGAGAGAGAGGCGAUUAGGGAGGGGGAGGCGAUCAGGGAGAGAGAGGCGAUUAGGGAGGGGGAGGCGAUCAGGGAGAGAGAGGCGAUUAGGGAGGGGGAGGCGAUCAGGGAGAGAGAGGCGAUUAGGGAGGGGGAUGCGAGUGGCUUGGUUGAGGAGAGGGAUGUGAGGGAGGAGAGCGAUGUGAGGGAGGAGAGCGAUGUGAUUGGGGAGAGGGAGGAGGCUGGGGAGGGGGAAGCGAUUGAGGAGAGGGAGAUGAGAGAGACGGUGAACGCAGAUGAAGCUGAAGCAGCAGGAGUGGAUGGAGACAAGGUGACGACUUGUGUGGGGUGUUCAAGUAAGUGUGAAGGGUUGGUGGGUGGGAGAGGCGAGGUGGAAGGGAGGUGGCCGGACGCGGCUGCGGUUAAGGACGACGAGAAGUGGUGGAGGGCGGUGGAGAGCGAUAGGGAGGAAGCGGAGAGGCGGCGGGAAGAGGCGAAGGGAAGACUGGAGGAGCUGAAGGGGAUUCUUGAUGAGGUGAGGGGGAAGCAGGAGGAGUCUGAGCGGAAACUAGAGGAAGUUGAGAAACAACUGGUGGACAUGGGGAUUGAGAAGGCAGAGGCAGAGAGGACGAGAGAGGAGGCGGAAAGAGGGAGGGAGGAGGCGGAAAGAGGGAGGGAGGAGGCGGAACGAGGGAGGGAGGAGGCGGAAAGGAGGAGGGAAGAGGCGGAGGCAGGGAGAGAUGAAGCUGAAAGGGCGAAGGUUGAGGCUUUGGUAAGGUUGGAAGAGGUCGAGAUGGCACGAGCAGAGGUGGAGAGUGAGAAGGUUGAGGCAGAGGAGGGGAGAGUGAGUGCAGAGGAGCAGAGGGAUGAGGCUGAGAGGAGGAGGGAUGAUUCUUUGAGGGAGAAAGAGGAAGUGGAGAGGGAAAGGGAGGAGGCGGAGAAAGCGAAAGCGGAGGCGGAGAAAGCAAAGGAGGAGGCGGAGAAAGCAUGGAAGGGAGAGGAGUUGAGGAGAGACGAGGCAGAGAAGGCGCUAGAAGAGGCACUGGAGGCAGGUUUUGUGGUGGAUGGGCGGACGGGGGAGACAGAGAGGAGGAGAGAGGAGGCAGAGCAGAGCAGAGAAGAGGCAGAGAAGAUGAGAGAAGUGGCAGAGAAGGGAAGAGAGGAAGCAGAGAGGAGGAGAGAGGAGGCAGAGAGGAGGGGAGAUGAGGCAGAGAGGGCACUAGAAGAGGCGCUAGAGGCAGUAGUGCAGGCAGAGGUUCGAAGGGAAGAGGCGGAGAGGGAUAGAGAUGAGGCAGAGAGGAGGAGGGAAGAGGCGGAGAGGAGAAAAGAAGAGGUUGAGAAGGAUUUGACUGAGCUGGUGGUGAAGCUUGAGGUACUAGAGAAGGCAAAAGCAGAGGCGGAGGAGGGGGGUCAGGAAAAAAAUGCAUUGACAGGUGAAGAUGCAGAAAAGGGGGAAGUGGAUGGGAGGAUUACAGAGGGGGAGAGGGAGAGGGAGCGGGUGGAACGGGAGGUGGAAGAGUUGACAGUGCAGAUAGAGGUACUAGAGAGAGAGAAGGAGGAGGGUGAACGGGAGAAGGAGAGAGCUGAGAAGGAGAAGGAAGAGGCAUUGAGAGAAAGGGAGGAGGUUGUGAGACGGCUUGAGGAGAUGCUGGAAGAGGUGAGAAGGGAAAGGGAGGAGGCUGAACAAGAGAAGGAGGAAGCUUACAAAAGGGCAGAAGAUGCUGGAGUACGAGCUGAGGAGGCUGGUAAGGCGAGUGAGGAAGCAGCGAGGCGAGUGAGAGAGGCAGAAGCAGGAAGAGAAGAGGCGGAGAGGAGGAGAGAAGUAGCAGAGGGGGCACUGUCGCUAGCAGAGGUGGUAUUGCAGGAGGCGGAGGUGUGGAGAGAAGAGGCAGGGAGGCGUUGGGGAGAAGCAGAGGGGGCAGUGUUGAUGGUCGAGGUGGUAUUGCAGGAGACAGAGGCGUGGAGAGAGGCGGCAGAGAGGAAGUUGGCAGAAGGAGAGGGUUUAUGGAAAGAAGCUGCGCGUGCGAGAGAGGAGGCAGAGAGGAGGAGAGAAGAAGCAGAGGGGGCACUGUCGCUAGCAGAGGUGGUAUUGCAGGAGGCAGAGGUGUGGAGAGAAGAGGCGGUGAGGAGAUUAGAAGAGGGAGAGGCGUUGAGGAAGGAGGCUGAGCGGGCGAGAGAGGAGGCUGAGAAGAGGAGGGAAGAAGCAGAGGCGGCUGUGGGGGUAGCAGAGGCAGCGAGGGAUGAGAUGGAGCGGGCGAAAGAGGAGGCUGAGGCUAGCUGGGAAGAGGCGCUGGGAAUGCUGGGAGAGGCUGAGAGAGGGAGAGAGGAGGCGGAGAGGAGAAGAGAGGAGGCGGAGAGGGGGAGAGAGGAGGCGGAAAGACGAGGAGAGGGGGCAGAGAGUGAAGGAGAGGAGGCAGAAGGUAAGGAACGAGGGGAGGCUGCAACGCACAGUUGUGAAGAGGGUGUGGUGAUUGUGUCAGAAGCUGAUGAACAACCUGUAGAGACGAGAGGGGCUGGCGAGGAAAUGGAGGGAGAGAUUGGGGAAGAGGAAACGGAAAAUGGUGGUGUGCAGGGAGAGGAGGGAGGAGAGGCAGUGGAGGGCGUUUUAAAAUGCGCGCCAAGGGUGGGUAAGGGAUGGGGUGGAGGUGAGGGGGAUGGGGAGAGCAGUGGGGGGGAGGAGGAGGAUAAGGGCUGCAGCCGGGAGGAGAAGCGUCGGGAGAGCAGUGGGGAGGAGGAGCAGGUGAAGGGAGUGAUUUGCCACUGCACUCAGAAAGAGGUGCUUCCUGAGGGUGCUGUGUCCGAGGUGCCACGCCGAGGGUGGCCGAAUCCUGACAGCAGUGGUGGGGAGACAAGUGUAGCUGGCAUGAGCUUGUUGGAAAGGGGGGAGUUGGAGAGGGAGAGGGAUGAGCUAAGAGUGCGGUGGGAGGCGGCAGAGGAGAGACGGAGGGAGCUGGAAGCGAUUGUGAGUAAAACGGGUGUGCAGUUAGAGAGGGCGAAUGGGGUGGAGGAGAGAGACGAGGCAGUGCAUGUGAUGCAUGAGGCAGUGAGAGAAAAGGAUGAGGCUCUGGAAGCCAGGGACGAGGCGUUUAAGGCGAGGGAUGAAGCUGAGAAGGCGAAGCGAGAGGCAGAAGCGAAGGUUGAGGAGGCGGAGAAGGAGAGGGAUGAGGCAUGUGAAGCAAGGGAUGAAGCAGUGCGAGCGUGGGAGGGUGCGGAGGAGGCAAGGAGAGAGGCGGAGGCGGCGAGGGAUGAAGCGUUGGAAUCAAGAGAGGGGAUUCAGAAGUUAUGGGAUGAUGCUGAGGAGGCGAGGAGAGCGACGGAGGCAUGGCUUGAAGAGUUUAAGCAGGCUUUGGAGGCAGCUGAAAUGGCAAGGCAAGAGGCUGAGAUGGCUAAGGACGUGGCAGAGGCAGCGAGAGAGGAGGCUGAGGCAGCUUGGAAGGAGGCAAUGGAGAAAGCAGCAGAUGCGGAGGAGAGGAGUGAGGAGGAGAGGAAGGUGAGAGAAGAAGCAGAGAGGGCGAGGGAAGAAGCAGAGAAGGCAAGGGAGGAAGCAGAAAGGAUGAGAGGGGAGGCUGAGAAGGGGAGGGAGGAGGCGGUAGCGCAACAAGCCAUGCCGUGCAGUGCAUGUGCGGAAAAAGACGAGGCGAUGCAAUCCAUUCUCAAUGAGCUUGUCGCUGCCCAGGCUGCCUCCGAAGCUGCCAUAGCCUCGGCGGCUGCCAACGCUGCUGAGGAGGUCCGGGCAGAGCUUCAGAUGGCACAGGAAGGAUGGGAGAAGCGGCUGAGUGAAGUGGAAGGGGAGUUGGAGCGUGUGAAAGGGGAAGGAGAGAAGCUUGAGAAGAGAGUGAAGGAAGCAGAGGAGGAGGGUGUGAGAUUGCGAGAGGAGGUGGAGGGAGAGAGGAAGGGGAGGGAGGAGGAGAGAGCUGCCAAGGAGGAAGAGAAGAGAGCAAAGGAAGAGGAGAGGAGGGAAAAGGAGGCGGAGAGGGAGAGGAGGGAGCAGGCGGAGGCAGGGAGGAGGGUAGCAGAGGAGGAGGCACAGCUGACUAGGGAGGACUUGGAGGUGAUGCGAGAGGCAAAGAGGGAGACCGUGCGCAACCUCACAGACUCCUUCCUGGCGGCGGAGGAGCAGCGGAAGCGGCUGCUGUUUCUGCUUCGCAAGGCACAAGUCAUUGAAGGAAUCGCCGCAAGCAUGGUGGAGCGCGCAGCCUACCAGCGGUCGCGCAACGCGUCGCAACAGCGGCGGACGUCGCAGCAGCAGCAAGGCCAGUCGCAUAGCCAGGUCGCGCAGCCGUCGCAGCAGCCGCAGUCGCAGCAACAAGAGCAGGCGCACGGGCACAAUGUGAGCACCGUUGCUCAACCGCCAAACGCGCAGGCGCAAGCGCAGCCGGCGCAACCCGCGCAGCAAAGGGCUCAUCAUCGCGUGCUUCCACCGCAGCCGCGGCAACCGGCGCAGCAGAAGCGGCAGCAGUUGCGCCAGACCGCGGCGCAACGGCGCACGGCGCAAGCGCAGGCCGCGCGGCAAACUGGGGGGGAUACGGGGAAGGCGCAACCUGGCCAGGGGGAUACGGGGAAGCCGCCGCAGGGUCAGGGGGGCCAUGGGAAGGCGCAACUGGGCGGGGGCGCGAAUCCGCCAGUGCACGCCCCGCUUCCGCCCCUGCCGCGGAAGCAGCAGUCGCGGAUGCAAGCGCAGGGGGAGCAGCAGGGGGAAGCGCAGGCGGAGCAGCAAGGGGGGCAUCAGGCGGGGCAGCAGGGGGUACAGCAUAGGGGGCAGCAGGGGGGGCAAGCGAAUAGGUUACAACAAGAACCAUCACAGCAGCAACCAGAACAGCAGCACCAGCAGCAGCAGCAGCAGCAGCAUGGUUCCGCCGGGCAGGAUGGAACACACGGGCAGGCGUCCGGGCAGACGAAAGGGCACCUUCAAACAGACGGCCAGGAGCCAGGGGGGCAAACCCAAGGCCACGGGCAGGGAAGCGGGCAGGCUUCCGGGCAGGUUCCCGGGCAGGUUUCGGAGCAGCUGCCAAUGCACGAAGGCCACGUGGAGCAUGCUAUUCUGCCCGAGCGGCCGGAUUGGCUGGAUGAUUACGAGAUAGUGGGGAAGAUAGGCGAGGGGACGUACGGGCUGGUGUAUCUGGCGAAGGACCGGCGCAAGGGCAAGGGGUCGGGGCGGUCGGCUCUUAAGAAGUUCAAACAGACCAAGGAGGGCGAUGGCGUGUCCCCCACUGCCAUUCGCGAGAUCAUGCUACUACAGGAGUGCGAGCACGAGAACAUAGUGCAGCUGCUCAACGUGCACAUCAACCACACCGACAUGUCGCUCUUUCUUGCCUUUGACUACGCCGAGCAUGACCUCUAUGAGAUCAUCCGGUUCCAUCGAGAGCAUCUGAAGCGCCCUCUCUCGGAGUACACGGUGAAGUCGCUGCUCUGGCAGCUGCUGAAUGGACUGCACUACCUGCACAGCAAUUGGAUCAUUCAUCGAGAUCUCAAGCCCUCCAACAUCCUUGUGAUGGGCGAGGGCGAGGAGCAAGGGGUGAUCAAGAUCGGUGACUUUGGCCUUGCCCGCAUCUUCCAGUCGCCGCUACGACCACUCUCCGACAAUGGGGUCGUGGUAACCAUCUGGUAUCGAUCCCCGGAGCUGCUGCUAGGCUCGCGGCACUACACGUGCGCUGUCGACAUGUGGGCGGUGGGGUGCAUAUUCGCGGAGCUCCUCACACUCAAGCCCUUGUUCCAGGGCCUCGAGGACAAGACCUCCACUAAUGCCUUCCAGAAGGACCAGCUGGAUAAGAUCUUCAGAGUGCUAGGCCACCCCACGGUGGACAAGUGGCCAAUGCUGCAGUACCUGCCGCACUGGCAGGCCAACCGGCAGCUCAUUCAAGACAAGAAGUACCCACAGCCGGAGCUCUAUCGCAUUCUGCACAGCUGGUCGCCCAACUCGCAUGCCGUCAACCUGUUGCUGCGCAUGCUUGACUAUGACCCGAAGAAGCGGAUAACAGCAGGGCAGGCACUCGAGCACGAGUACUUCCGCAUUGACCCUCUUCCAGGCCGCAACUCAUUCUUUUCAGGCCCAGUGGUCUACCCGCAGCACCAUCACUUUUUCCCUCACCUCACCUCGUCCCCUUCCCCCCCUCCCUUUCUCGCCCCUUCUUCACCCCACCCCAGCUCGUUCUUCUCAGGCCACCCCAUGGAGCGGCCAGUGGUGUACCCCAAGCGCAUGCCAGUUCCCUGCCACCCCAUGGAGCGGCCAGUGGUGUACCCCAAGCGCCCUGUGGACCUGUCAACCGACUUUGAAGGCAUCUCCACCCUCUCCUCCGCUGCUUCCUCCUCGCAUGUCGCUUCCCUCUCUGCCAUGCCUCCACCGCACCAGCAGCACCAUCACCAUCAGCAGCAGCACCAUCAGCAGCAGCAGCAGCACCAUCAGCAGCACCAUCAGCAGCAGCAGCAGCAUCAGCAGCAGCAGCAUCAGCAGCAACAGCAGCAGCAGCAACACCAUCGGCACCAUCAGCAGCCUACUGACCCGUCAGCCUCGACCUCGGAGGCGCAAUGGCAGGAGGAGGAUAGUACGCAUAUCGUUUUCAAGCAUUUCAAGGUUCCGAUCCGCCCCAACACCGUCGGCGCUGUCCGCGUUUGCAAGUAUUGCGCCAUCGAGUUCAAGGGUGGUGCGUUUCGAUGCGCUCAGCAUCUCGCGAAAUGGAAGGGACAGAAAUCGCGCGACGUCCGCCUGUGCUCGAAGGUUCCGUCCGACGUGCGAGCGGCGGUGCGCGCGCAUUACGAGAAGAAGGCAACCGGCCGCGAUGAGAAAAGGAGGGCCGAAGAGGCUGCGCUCGAAGCUGUCGUGGGAGGUUCGAAGAAAGGCCGCAUCACCGACUUCCUUGGCGACGAGGCGAAAUGCAAGAAGGGCGAGGCGGACGACUCCGUCUGCAUGUUCUUCGUCGGCUGUCGCAUUCCCGAACACCACGCUGACAACCCGUUGUGGCGCAACAUGGUCAGGGCCAUUAACAACGUAGGCCCCGGUUAUGUCGCGCCGCGCCGUCGCUACGUGGGAGGGGCUGGGCUGAAGCUUUGCCGUCGCUACGUGGGAGGGGCUGGGCUGAAGCUUUGCCGUCGCGAGCUGGAAGAGGGAUGGCGUCACCUCGCCCUUUGCAUGGACGGGGGCUCCAACUACGGGGCCGCCUGCAAGGAGCUCAUGGCGGAGUGGCCGCACAUCGAGUACGUGUCGUGCGCUACGCACGUGCUCGACCUCCUGAUGGAGGACGUGGGCCGUAUCCCGUGGGCGAAGGAGCUUGUGGAUCGGGGGACCGACAUGAUCAGCUACGUCCGCAACCACCAGUUCACCCGCAACUACCUGAGGAGUGGGGCGGUGCAGGGAGGAAAGGGGAAGCAGCUUGUGAAGCCGGCGGGAACCAGGUUCGGCACCAACUACAUCGCCCUCUCAAGGCUGUGCAAGCUGCGGUCCACAUUGGCUCAGAUGGUGCUGAGCGAGGAGUACGGCAACUGGGCGAUGGGGGCACGGAAGCUGACGGCGGAUACCUUCCGUGGCCACGUCAUGGACGACGAAUGGUGGAAGAAUGCAACGUACCUGGUGGAGCUCUUGGCGCGUCCGUUCAAGGUGAUGUGGGCCACGGACAGCAGCGCGAAAGGCAUAAUGGGCACCAUCUAUGACCUUAUGCUCCAGCUGACCGAGGACAUGAACACCAAGCUGGAGGCGGGGGAGAAGAUUCUGACGCGGGCGGAUGCGGCUGAGAUAGGGAGGAUUGUUAGGCGCCGUUGGGACGAGAGCCUCGCUUUCGCUCUUCACGUCGUUGGCCGGAUCCUGAACCCGGCAAAUCAGGAAGAGGGUAUAUUCUGCAACGAUGUGGAAUGUACCCGCAUCUUCAAGGCAUUCAUCGCACGUCACUACGACGGCAAGAGCUUCACCAACAAAGACGGUGAGGAGAAGCGGGCCUCUCUUGUUUUGCAAGAGGGGCUCACGGCCUUCCUCACCCUUGAAGGAUCCUUCGGCAACCCUGAGGCAAUUGCCGACAGGGAGGCCGUGAAGGCAGGCAAGCACUCGAUGGUGCAGUGGUGGGGAUGGCACGGGACUGACCACCCCCACCUGGCCAGCCUUGCGUGCCGUGCCCUGACACAGCCGGUGUCAGCCUCGCCGUGUGAGCGCGGGUGGGCAACGUGGGAGUCGGUGCACACUGCCCGCCGCAACAAGCUAGGCUCGGAGAAACUCCGGGACCUAGUUUAUGUGGCCCACAACUGGCAUGUGGUCCACAAGUACCACAAGAGGGCUGAGUCACUGGCGGUGCUUCCGGGCACCAUCCCUGAACCCGCUCUGCCGGAGGGAUACAAGGAGGAGGAGGAAGGGGAGGAGGAGGAGGAGGAGGAGGAGGUGGAGGGGGAUGAAGCCGUGCUGGCCGAUGAGUACGUGGAAUAA